AUGUCUCAAGCUAAAAAACCUGAAGAAUUUUCCUUAUUGGUGCCGAAAAAUGCCCGCGAGCCUUUAAAAACUCACAUUUUCCUCAUGAAAUGUUACAAAUUGUGUGCAAUGCCGCUCGUCGGAGAUCUUUACCAUCGAAAUUGGUCCUUGAAGAAUUUUCGAGUUGCUCACUUGACGCUUCUCAUUGCUUGGACCUUGACGUUGUACACGUGGAAUUCCAUUUCGUUGCGUCACAAUCCGAAUCAGAUGUUUCUCAGCAUCGUCGCCUUGCUUUUCGAUCUUUUGGGCAUUCAGCGUUUCCAAAAGUUUCUUUUUUCUCGAGAUUUUGCACUAAUUCUUUGCAAUAAUGUGCGUGAUUUCACGGAAAAAUGGGAAAAACGAUCGGAAGGGUAUCAGAUUCUCGUUUGGUACUUCAAUUUGAUCAAAAUUGUCGUAAUUUCGGGCAUGGUGACAUUUUUCGCUAUUGCGAUUGUGCUUUCGUUCGCUCCAAUAUUGAUUUUUGUCGUUACCGGAGGUCGAAUGCAACUCGUUUAUCCGAUGUAUGUGCCUCAUGUUGACUUUACGACGCAUCCUGGCUUCGAAUUGCACGUUUUCUUGCACAUGUACGCCAUUGUGUUCUUCAUCGAUGCCUUGACGCCUCUCGUGGGAGUCGUUUUUAGCAAUUUUGUGAUGAUUUGCGCGCGAAUUGACAUCUUGUGUGCCCGCAUGCUGAUUCUGAGUCAAAAAGUCGAUGAACAAAACGAAGAAAAUUCACGAAAAUCACUUCACGAGAUCAUUGUCGAGCAUCAAGAGUUGCUGAAAUACAUCGAUAUGUGCGAGGAACUCUUCUCGAUGCAACAUUUGACGGAUCAUGGAGUCGUUGCUGCUCAAAUUUGUCUCUCGCUGUACUCGUUGAUGAAACAUUCGUGGUAUUUGGGCAUUGCUGUCAUUUUUAUUGGGACUUUUAUGCUUUUUACAGUUGAUUUUGUCGGAACGAUCAUUCUGGUCAAGUUGGAGAAGCUCCUCAAUGAAGUUUGGAAUGUUCCGUGGUAUUUACUGGAUUCGAAAAACAAGUCAAGUUUUUGUUUUUUGCUCGCGAAUGCACAAAAAGUCGAUCGAUUGAGUAUCGGAGGGAGAUAUCCGUUGUCGCUUGAUACAUUUGUUGAGCUUUAUAAACGUAUUUACUCUUAUUUGAUGAUUCUCAUGGAAAUGGAGUCGUAA